GUGUGUGCAUUUUGAAAGAACUCUUUUUUUGAAACUCUUUUAAAGUUUUUUUCCCCUUCGUUGAAAAGAAUCAUAGUUUUUGAAAAAGUUUGUGAAAAAGAAGAGUUUUCUACAAGUUAGUGCAGUGCAGUGAUUCUUUGUUGGGGCGGUCUAUUCGAAAAGGAGGAAAAAACAUUCGAAGAAGACGACAAUCCCGCGGUCGACCAUGGACCAGCACGAAGAAUUAACAGUGACUUUGAAAUGAAUUCGAGUCAAGGUCGUGUGAAAGUCUCGUGAGAAAGACAAGACAACUACCCACCGCCAAAUUACACAGUUUUGCCGAGAAGAGUAUAAUAAUACUAAUCAUCAGCGAAAAGGAAUUCACCUUCAAAAUACCGAGAGCCACACACCUAUAUGCCUGAAGGCUAUUGCCGGUGUAAGCAGUGCGGAGGACUGCUGUCGUUCAAAUGGCCAUCUCAUCAUUAUUCGGCAGACGUUCUUCAACAAUUGGAACAUCAUCGUGUUAUUACAAAUUUAACAUGGCCUUAUUCAUCCUCUUCUUCACUUCGAUUUGGCUACUAGUCCUCCGGCCAGUCUCAGCUUCCGUUACCUCAGGAAUUGCUUUGAAUGAAUUCAUUCGCCAUUUUGAACCGCUCUUUUACGAUCACCACAAUGUCAGACUGCAGCAUAGCAGAUCAAAAAGAGAAAGCCAACCCCAGCUACACCUGCAGUUUCAUGCUCACAACAGGCUUUUCAAGAUUCGGUUACGCCGCAGCGCGAGCGUCUUUGCCGAUGAUGUCGUCUUGGAAAACACCGCAGGAUCUAUUGCCUUUGACAUGGACAAGGUCUAUCAAGGAGAACUAGAAGAUGACGAUCGUUCUACGGUGAGCGCGGUGCUGACAUCCAGCGGCAUCUUGGAUGCCACCGUUUCUACGUUGUCGGAAACUUAUUACGUCGAGCCGGCCAGUCGCUAUUUUGCCGCCAGCGAAAAUGUCUCCUUCCCUGCCGUUAUUUAUAAAGCGUCCGAUGUCCUCCAUCCGGAUCCGCACCAUCACGGCAGCGGCUGCGCUUCUCAUCAGCUCUACUUGAAGCAGUUUGAAGAGCAGCAUUUCCACUGUGCCGACAAUCAAGAGAACCGUGACGGCUCUCGGAACUCGUCCGAUACUGUCAGCGAGCUCAGUUCGUGCCAAGAAAGCAACAACAACAACAACAAUAAGGAUGGCGUUAGCGGGAUCGAGCCCAAUCAGCUGAUCGAUCAAACGCUGUACUCUGGCUGGAAUCGUCGCCAUAACGAGAAGAAAAAGAAGAAGAGGAGAUCGACAGUCGAUCACCGCAAGACGACGUGCAUGCUCUAUCUGCAAGCCGAUCACCUGUUUUACGGCAAAAUGGGCAGCGAAGAGGCCUGCAUCGAGACGAUGACGCGACAUGUCCAGCGAGUCAACAGCAUUUACAAGAACGUCGACUUUGAUGGAGAUGGCCAAGGAGAUGAGAUUACUUUUAUGAUCAAACGGAUCAAAGUUCACACGGAACAGGCGCUCAACGAAGCUAGCUAUCGAUUCCCAGGCAACUACGGAGUGGAGAAAUUUUUGGAACUGUUUUCUGAGGAAGAUUACAACGCCUUUUGUUUGGCGUACAUGUUCACAUACCGAGACUUUGAAGGCGGAACGCUCGGUCUUGCCUGGACGGGUGAUUUGAAGAAUGCCGGUGGAGUUUGCGAGAAGAACGGCCAUUACCGCGGGAGUUUGAAAAGUUUGAAUACGGGCAUUGUGACGCUACUGAAUUACGGCAAACACGUCCCACCCGCCGUUUCUCACGUCACAUUGGCUCACGAAAUUGGCCACAAUUUCGGAUCGCCUCACGAUCCGGAAAAUAACAGGGACUGCACUCCGGGCGGUGAGGACGGAAACUACAUCAUGUUUGCCCGUGCCACCUCGGGCGAUAAGAGGAAUAAUAACAAAUUCUCACCCUGCAGCCUGAAAAGCAUUAACGGUGUCCUCAGCGCCAAAGCCCGCAACGAGCAAGGCUGUUUCAAAGAGCCUCAAAGUGCCAUUUGCGGCAAUGGAGUGGUGGAAGCGGGAGAAGAAUGCGAUUGCGGAUGGGAAGAAGAUUGCCAAGAAAAGUGCUGUUUCCCAAUGCGAAGUAUUGCGCAGCACGGAGAAAAACCGUGCACUCUCAGACCGGCGACCACCUGCUCACCUUCACAGGGUCCGUGCUGCACGGAAUCAUGUCAACUGAGAUACGGCGUCAAGUGCCGUGACGACAACGGGUGUCGUGAUGCCGCAUUUUGCGACGGCACGGGACCGAGGUGCCCGCCUUCUAAUAACAAAGCCAAUAAAACCGUGUGUAACGAAGAGUUUGUCUGUUUCAUGGGCGAGUGCACUGGAUCGAUAUGCAUCGCUUACGGCCUCCAAUCGUGUCAAUGCCUACAGGGACCCAGCGAUCCGCCAACUAAAGCCUGUGAGCUUUGCUGCAAAUUGCCGGGCGACGAUCAACCUUGUUUGUCGUCCUUCGAAUGGAACACUCCUCCCUAUGACGUCCCGUCGGCGCAUGCCAAGGCCGGAACGCCGUGCAACAAUUACAAUGGAUAUUGCGAUGUGUUCCAGCGAUGUCGCGAGGUCGAUCCUUCCGGCCCAUUGGCCACCCUACGACGCCUUUUGCUUUCGGACGAGAGCAUUGCCUCCCUCAAGAAAUGGAUCGAAGACCACUGGUACGGUGUCCUCUUUAUUGCCGUUGGGUUCAUCACCAUUAUCGCCGUCGUCGCGCGCGUGUUUGGGAAGCGGGUCGAGCGCAAAAAGCGACAGCGCACUCAACAACGUACAUCGCGGACGACGAAUGGAGUCACGACAGCAGCUGCUGCAGCAGCGACAGCCGCCGCGGUGGAUGAGAAUCAAGGCCAGCACAUUGUCCACCCCGUGGCUGUCAGAUCGGCCAUCCCUCUCAAGCGCAAAGUGCGCGAAAAGGAGAAACGGGCAGGAAGGAAAGCUUAUUCCACCGCAUCCGCAUUGGCCGUCUUCCGUAAGGCGAGGAAACCUCAGCGCGAAGAGCGCAGGCAGAGAAGGUCCGGCAUCGUUAAUACCAAAGAUAAAGUCCGUUCGUGGCUGGAACGCGAGAAUCCGACGCGAGAAACGAUCGACAGCGAUAACGAAAGUCAUUUCCCGGAAGAGGAAAUCAAUCCGUCGGCUAAUCAGACGAGACGGACGAGCAAAUCCAGCCUCAAUCAACCGACGCCGGACAGUUCGAAUCCUUCGUGCAAUCGUCGCAGUUCUUCCAGCGAAUUUCUAUCUUUAUCUCCGCCAUCGCUCGAUGCCAAACCGCCCGUCAAGAAAAUGAUGCGUUCCAUUUCGGAAAAUCCGCGCCAUUUCGAAGUAACACCCGCAGCGAAUGGAGGGCGCCACCACUUUUCUCGUUCCAUUUCGCACGGCCACGAACCGGAUUUCAGCCGGCUCAGUCGCAAAACGGAAUCUCAUUCUCACCUGCUCUCAAAGUCGGAAUUGGAUUUAGAAGCGCUGGCCGAUCCUUCCGUCAACAACAAGCCGAAAGAUGGCACUGUGUGUCAUCCGCCCGUCCAGAAGAGAAUUCCGAAUCCUAAAAUCCCGAAAUCCUCAACGGAAGGACAACUCAAAGCUUCCAAACCUAAAACUAAAACGUUUUCAUCGUUUGAAUUUCUGAAUCUCUUGACAGGAAGUAAAUCAACUCCGCUGGAUAAAUCGAGUAAACCUGCACGUACGGGUCGUGGGGAAGGAACCGGUUCACCCGCCAAAAUCCGUAAAAAAAUCGGGUUGGGACCAGUGAAAGUUGUUCUCAAGUGGCACGGAGCCGGGCGUGCGUCAAGAGUCAAACCACCUGCCCAGGCAUCGGCUAGUAAAUCUAAAAUGGAAGGAGAAAAGCGGAAUAAUAACAAGAAAAAGAGGGUCAUCGUCUACAAAAAUGGCGAUCCGAUAGCCAACGUUGCAUCCGGAUUCCCGAUGGAGAGGAAACAACAACCUGUCGAACAACAAACGAAAACAUCCAGCCUGUCCAAAUUGAAUGAAAUCGAAACUGCCAAUGAGAUCGGUUCCAGUGGGAAGGAUGUGAUUAAUAUCAUUGCUAAUCCGCUUCCGGAUUCGGAACAACCUCCAAGGCCAUCGGCUGAAGCCAUUUUCCGAUCACGACGUUAUUCGAUGCAGGAACGGCUUUCUCAACCUCCACCGUUGGUACGUCGUGUGUCUGAGAUUCACACGACCGGCGCUGAACAACAACAACACAACAACAGUCGGCGUAAUCGACAUAGCUGGACAGUGGGAACUCUGCCUGAAUUCCCACUUAAUCCUGAAGAGAUUGGCAUCGAUAUCGAACAUGAUUGUUGAUUAACCUUUUUUUUUAUUAUUUUAUUUUUUAAACUAAUUAUUUGGACUCUGUGUGAAGUUCAAAGAACCAAGAGGUCAUAGUCAGGUCUCACGAUUUUUCAAAUUACGCGAUUAACGGCUGAAACAAUUUUUAUUUUGAAAUUUAAAUCUAGAGCUUAUUCGAUUGAUGAAGAUAAAAAAAAGGCGUAUCUGUACUAGCUCCGCUUUCGUGAUCCAUUCUGUAGGUUCAUUUCCAUUUUAUUGAUUCAUUGAUGCAUAUCAAACAAGAAACUGAUGUUUUCAAAAUGGCGUCAAUCAGUUGAAAAUUCCUCGACUGGAGGAAUGGAUUCGUAUGGUGAAUUGAUAUAUAUAUAUAUAUAUAUAUACAGUAUAUAUUUAUGUAUAAAUAUGUUGAAUGAUGACGCAUGUUGUAUUCCUACCAGUGUGUACUUAUGUGUGACUGUGAGUGUGUACUGAAAGUUGAAAAUUGUGGUUAUCUCUCGUACUCAAUACAAUUGUUUUAAAUUCGA